UAUUUCCAACUCCGUUCAUCCCACGAAACAACACGAGACAGAAAAUGGCACCUUCCAAGGUCAGCCUCGCCGCCGUGCUCGCCGUGGCCAUCUCGCUGGCCAUGGCGGCCACCACCACCACCUCGGCGCAGAACACGCCGCAGGACUACGUCAACCUGCACAACAGCGCGCGGCGCGCGGACGGCGUCGGCCCGGUGAGCUGGGACCCCAAGGUCGCCAGCUUCGCGCAGAGCUACGCGGCCAAGCGCGCCGGCGACUGCCGGCUGCAGCACUCCGGCGGGCCGUACGGCGAGAACAUCUUCUGGGGCUCGGCGGGGCGCGCCUGGAGCGCCGCCGACGCGGUGGCGUCGUGGGUGGGCGAGAAGAAGAACUACCACUACGACACCAACACGUGCGACCCGGGCAAGGUGUGCGGCCACUACACCCAGGUGGUGUGGCGCAAGUCGGUGCGCAUCGGCUGCGCCCGCGUCGUGUGCGCGGCGAACCGCGGCGUGUUCAUCACCUGCAACUACGACCCCCCGGGCAACUUCAACGGCGAGCGCCCGUUCCUCACCCUCGACGCCGCGGCCAAGUAGACGACCACUCACUCGUACACAGUCGUGUUGAACUGCAUGCUAUGUCGCUGCCGCAGUACAUUUCAUCGAUGUUUGUGACUCUGGGAUCGACGUCCGUGAACAAUAAAGCAUGUAAUGAUCUUAAUAAUAAAUAAUUUCUUGGUAUAUAUGCACAUCAACAGCUGAUGCAUUAUAAGCCUUUGAAAA